AUGGUUGACGAGUCGAAACAUACAGAGGAAGCAGAUAUUUCGAGAUUCGAUUAUUCAGACACUCAUAUUCAAGAUACUAAUAGAAAUUUGAAAAGGGUGUUAGAUAUGGACAUUUCUACAACUUAGACUCUAGAUCUCUUAAGAAAUAGUUCAGAUUUGAAUCCUAUCGAGGGUGUGAUAGUAAAUGAUAAAAGGUCCAACUCGAAGAAUAAAAACAAAUACAAUGACGAGGAAUCAAAGGAUAGUAAAUUUAUCACCUAGGAUCUAUAUGUAAGGAAAGAAAUUUUGCUUAUCUUGAAGAUUUAGGAAAUUUAAAAUGAAGCAGACAAAAACGUAUCAAAAUAUUUUUAAAGAUUUCAUACUGAUGGAGGUUAUGAAGACCCGGAUGAUAUAUAGAAUAUUAAUUUGGGAACACAAACCCCUCAAUAGUAAUAAAAAGCUAAAUUUGCUGCUUAUCAACUAAAGCCAUAGUUACCCCAGAUGAAAGUAAAUAUUCCACUAGGUGUCUCCGGCAAUGACAUAUUUGAGAUUUUCUCUGGCAUCUGUAAAGCUUAGCGAUUUUAAGUAAUCGAGAUGGAUUAAAAUAUAGCAACUGCUGUCAAUAAAGAACCUUUCUCAAUAAAGAGAAUUUUCCAGAGGUGUUUUCCCUUUUAGGAUGGUAAGCGAGAAAACUAGAGUGAUUCUUAAAUAUCAGCUGUUAGACUUCAAAUAUCCUUAAAUGAGAUUAAAAUGUGCAGGAAGAUAACAAUAAAAGGUCUUUAUGGUGAGUAAAAUAAGCUUCAGGAAUUCAUCACUAUCUUUAAGAAUAAGUUACACGAGCUUUCUAGCUAGAAUAAAGCUUCUAAUAAUGGAAAUGAGGGUGGAAUAGGAGUUCAUCCUGGUAAUAGGCACAAAAAGAAUAUAGACAGUAAGACUACUAUCAAUCUAAAUAGAAAGGGAUAAGGUCGAAGAGUCGAUUCUGAUGAUAGCGAAGAGGAAGGAAGAAGCAAUUAAUACAACGAGACUAGCUCAAUAUAUUAAAUUAACAAGAUUUUAUCUAGUGAUUAAUAUACUCUCGGCAAAAAUGUUGCUUAAUACAUUGAUUGUUUCCAACUCUAGUACAAAUCUCUUCGAGAAUCUGCUUAGAUGCUUCCUUAACCUGAAACAGUAUAAUCUUUUAACUCUGAAUAUAAUCUAGGAAAGCAAACUGCUUAAGGAUUAAUGCCAUUUUGCAGGCCUUCAGUGGAAAAAUACGUUUUUUCUAAGCUUUAUGAUAAAUUAUUUGCAAUGUAUGCUAUUAAAAAUGAAGAAGAGGAUAAGUUAUUCUCUGAAAGAAGCUAGUUAAUUAGAAGAUAAAAGGCUCAUGACAUAAUGAAGUAUCUAGGAAUCAAAGACCAGUUUAUUAUCGGAGAAAAUCUGCCUCACACAUAAAAAUUUGAGGAUCAUAUCAAAGACUUAACUAACAACAGCUAGUAUGAUUCUCACAGAUCAGAUCAAAAUUUUAACAUUAUUAAUGCUGAAUAGCUUUUUAACAAUACCUCUACUUCAAGUAAUCUUGGAGCCCUAUCAAUGUUUUCUAAAAAUGAUUUACCUUACUCUGAAGCAAUCAAGUGUAUGGAAAAAAUUCAGCAAUUCUCUUCUCCAAGAGAAAAGCUUUAGUGCAUUAGCGAGUCAUUUGGAUAACUAAAGACUACUAUUGUGGAUCAUUGGAAAGGAAAACUUGAGCUUAAUGCGAUGGAUGAUGUACUUCCUUUGUCUAUCUAUGUUGUAGCAAUGUCAGAGCUAAGUCAUCCAGCAAGUGAGUUCAAUAUAAUGGAAGAUUAUCUCUCAUUAUAUGACAAAGGAUUUGAAUUUGAGAGAAAACUUCUCACCAAUUUUGAUGUUUCGAUCAGAUACAUUAAUCACGAAUGGGAAAUUAAAACUUAAUGA